AUGAUGGAUCAUAAGGCCAGAAGGGGAGAGAGACCAACCUACAGGAAGCCAUAUCCGGCUUACAUUGAUCAGAUGCCUUUGCCACCCGGUUUUAAAAGUACCUGUUUGUGCCUAAUAAAUCACAGUCAUAAGCUGAUUGAGGGGAAUUCCUUUCGACCCUGGCGCCUACCGUUUCGUCGAACAUUCGCCUUCCUGAAAAUAAAAGGAAAGUUGCAAAGGCAGAAUUCUCUCGGCCUCGCGACCGCGGCGUUGAAGGCCAAGACGAAGGCCGUAAAAGACACGGCGGAAGAAGCUAUGGUUAAAUUGCCACGUGGCCUCAGGAUCACCAACCACCAGACCAGGGCAUUAAAUGCGUUCCCACAGCUAGGGAGGCAGAACCCACGAUCAGGGCGGUGGCCGAGAUUUACCGAGAUUUAUGGGGGUCACACCACCAUGCUUUUCAACCCUAAGCCACCAUACUUCACGAUCCCAAAUGCCGAUUUGACUACCCACUUGCCCCGGUCAGGCUCCACCACGCAGGUCUUAUCAGCCUCGAUUGUCCAUCCAGGACUCCUCCUAUAA